AUGAAUGCUACAGGCUACGCUCCCCUCCCUGCUAACCUAUUGCCCGGUCCUGCAAACCCGCCAUGGAUGAACAAGGGCGACAACGCGUGGCAGCUCACGGCUGCAACACUUGUCGGUAUGCAGAGUGUGCCGGGGCUUCUGAUUCUGUAUGGAGGUGCAGUGAAGAAGAAAUGGGCAGUGAACUCAGCUUUCAUGGUGCUGUAUGCUUUUGCUUGUGUUCUUGUUUGUUGGGUGGGUUGGGGUUAUAGAUUGUCUUUCGGGGAGAGACUACUUCCAUUUUGGGGAAAGAUCAAUGUAGCACUGGAGGAAAAGUACCUCCUUGAUCCUGCAUUUCUUGGGAUGUUUCCUAAUGCGACUAUGGUGUUUUUCCAAGGCGUUUUCGCGGCAAUUACUCUGAUUUUAAUCGCGGGGGCUGUGUUAGGAAGGAUGAAUUUUUAUGCAUGGAUGUUGUUUGUGCCAUUGUGGUUAACCUUUUCAUACACAAUUACAGCAUUUAGUAUUUGGUCCCCUAAAGGUUUCCUAUCCAAGAUGGGAAUAAUCGAUUACUCGGGUGGAUAUGUCAUCCAUUUGUCUUCUGGAGUUGCCGGAUUCACAGCUGCAUAUUGGGUUGGACCGCGCCUGACCAAGGACAGAGAAAGAUUUCCUCCGAACAACAUCCUUCUUAUGUUGGCAGGGGCAGGGCUGCUCUGGAUGGGUUGGACUGGAUUCAAUGGAGGAGAUCCUUAUGUUGUCAGUGUUGAUGCUUCCUUGGCCGUGUUGAACACCCAUGUAUGCACCGCGACUAGCUUGUUGACAUGGCUCAUACUCGAUAUUCUAUUCUUUGGAAAAGCUUCCAUAAUCGGCGCAGUUCAAGGCAUGAUCACUGGUUUAGUUUGCAUCACUCCUGCAGCAGGGGUUGUACAAGGAUGGGCAGCUAUUAUAAUGGGAGUAUGCUCAGGCUCUAUUCCCUGGUUCACCAUGAUGGUUGUGCACAAAAAGUCUGAGCUCCUGCAGAAAGUUGACGACACAAUGGCCGUUCUACACACUCAUGCCAUUGCUGGAAUGCUCGGAGGGAUCCUCAGUGGUCUCUUUGCUAACCCGAAGCUAAACUUCUUGUUCUAUGGUUUUUACAACAAAUAUGUUGGGCUAUUCUAUAGCUUUGAGAAAGGAAGAGUCCAUCUCGGAUUCAGACAGAUUGGAGUACAACUUAUUGGCAUUCUAUUCGUGAUUGUAGUAAACAUCGUGGUCACAAGUUUGGUAUGCCUUCUGGUGCAACUCAUUGUGCCUCUAAGGAUGUCUGAUGAGGACAUGGAGAUUGGGGACGAAGCUGCUCAUGGAGAGGAAGCUUACGCUAUUUGGGGUCAAGGUGAGAGGCUUGAGAAUUCAAGGAUCUCGACUUGCAAUGACAUUGAAAUGCCGGGGAAUAGGGCCAGGACAACCGGUCAAGUUGAGAUGACAUGAAGUUGCAUCUAGUUUUUUUUUUUUUUUAGAGUGUUUUCAGAAACCCCUUAAGAUCAGGGUCAUUGUUUUUAAAUGAUCAUUUCCAAAAGUCACAAGAACAUAGGAGGUGUGUGUUUCCUUUUGUAGAGCACAUACUCCCAAAUAAGAGAGAAUAAAAGCUCUACUGUUGCUUUGCUUUGUACUAGUUAUUUAUGUUAA